ACUUUGAGAGAGUAAUCUUUCUUAGGUUUGUUAUGGUCGGAGUCAAAUGUGAAAUUUAACAGUCCUGACAUUUUACCAUCUCCGUCUUUUAGGAGGAACCUAUUUUUUCUUCCUGGGAAUGUAUCAUUUGCCGGUGAGUUUGUGUUGUUGCAAGGUUUUCUGCUAAAAUUCAAGAGAGUAUUUAUCAACGUGAUAAGCACAAGUACUGGAAAGUCAUUGCCAAAGUUCUGUGGGUUGAACAUCUUCUUACUGGCCUUUGACAGAUCUCACCUGAACUCAUUCAGGCUUACUUCUGCAUUGAAUUCAGGAUAGGAUUUAGUUUCCCAUAACUUCUGAACCAAUGGAGAGAAAAUGGAAAAUAAAACUGAAGCAAAUUGAAGAACGAGCAGCUCGUUAUGAGAGGAAGCCAUUGUCCUCAGUAUACAGACCAAGACUGUCCAAGCCAGAAGAGCCACCUUCCGUUUGGAAACUAUUUCAUCGGCAAACUCCGGCGUUUAAUUUUGUUAAAAGCUGUAAAGAGGAUGUUCAUGUAUUUGCUUUGGAAUACAAAGUAGGAGAUGGACAACGUAUUUACCUGGUAACAACCUAUGCUCAACUUUGGUUUUAUUAUAAAUCCCGAAAAAAUCUCUUACACUGUUACGAAGUCAUUCCUGAAAAUGCUGUGUGCAAGCUUUAUUUCGAUUUGGAAUUUAACAAACUUGCAAAUCCAGAAGCUGAUGGGAAAAAGAUGAUUGCGUUACUCAUUGAGGCCGCCCUCAGAGGGACUUGUUCUAUGUGUAAUUGCAGCCUUGGUGCGUCCACGGGAGCAGUGAACUCAGGGUCUUCCUCCUCCACCAUCUUUCUCUCCUGGCUUUGA